AUAUAUACAGUACACUGAUUCUAUACAUGACAUACAGAAUCGGUCUAACGUGUCGAAGUUACGGAAGUUACAGAAAUUACGGAAGUAAUCAUUGGUGUCUAAGUAUCAUAAGUAAAAUAAAAUAAGUUUAUAAUUAAACAUUAAGCAAUAUUGAUAUAUAUUACUUCUGAAACUGCUUGUACAUAUACAAUGGGUUUGGAGAAAUUAUACAAUUAUUUUAUGGAUGAACCGUGCCCAGAAACUCGUGAGUGGGUAUUCGUAUAUACGCCGCUUCCAAUAUUGCUAAUAACUGCGGGAUAUUUGUAUUUUAUUCUUCACGCUGGUCCUAACUACAUGAAAAAUCGACCGCCAUAUAAAUUGCGAACCUUUAUAUUAAUUUAUGACACAAUUCAAAUUCUGGCAAACUUAUGGUUCAUAAAAAGACAUAUGGAUGCCGGUUGGUUGUCAGCUGUGACAAAAUUCAGAAUUACAGACUGUGGAUUAAGUUUGAAAACCCUCCUGCCUUUUGACCCAAACUUUAUUGACGACGUGUGGUGGGGACUCAUGUUGAAACUUUUUGAUUACAUCGAAACUUGCGUAUUUGUGUUGAGGAAGAAACAAAAGCAGGUCUCUGGUUUGCACAUAUUUCACCAUGUAUCUAAUGUGACAUUUGUUUGGUAUAGUUUGAAAUACUUUCUGGAUGUAAGAGUUUCGUAUAUCUCACUGCUCAAUUGUAUUGCGCAUGUAAUAAUGUACAUAUACUAUUUUAUCGCUGCAUGGAGUCCGAAUCUACAACAGAUGAUAUCUCCCUUAAAACCAUACGUAACUAGGAUACAGAUGGUACAAUUUAUUCUCAUGAUAGUUCCUCUAAUGCAGUUUCCCUAUUGCGACGGGCCAAAAGGAAUGGCAAUUCUCUUUAUAAUAAAUCUGGUUGUAUUUCUUUAUUUAUUUUAUGACUUUUAUAAGAAAACUUAUACAUCGAAACAAAAGAGUGAUUAAUAUUAAGAAAUAAUUUUGUAUUACCUGAACAAAUAUAAUAAUAUUAAUUACAUGUA